AUGGAAGAGAUUGAACAGGAGUCUGAUCCUCCGGAUGAUGCCGGAAAAUCUGGAUCUUCACCCGACUUUUUACUUGAUUUUAGUUCCACCGAUACAUUUCAUCAGACUGAUACUGUUAAUCCUAUGAAACUUAAAGCUUAUAAUAUAUGGUCCUUACAUUUAGAACCUAAGAAGAAAGCAUCUUCUCUUCCCUCAGAAGCCACACAGAAUAUAUUUGUUCAUCCUUUAUCUGAAGAAAAGAAACUCUACAAUAGUAUGACGGUGCACCUUUUAUUGUACACAUUAUGA